AUGGAAGGUCGUGGACAGAUGCACCUAGAUGUCUCAUCGUUCACCAUGCGUCCCCCAAAUCUACUCGGCCAACCAUCCCGGAAACAAUCGGGUUCCGAAGCAUCACGGUUGACGCAGCAUCCAGCGGGCCCCAGUAUUGAUCUCAAUUCUUUUUCUUUUGCCAAGCGAGUCCAUCGUCAGCAAGCUUUUGCAUCUCGAAAUCCGGCCAAGCAAACUCCCCUCAACCCGGACACAGGGGGUUCAUUUUCUCGGGCUGCUCAAAAAGUGCCAAUGAGAGAUGACGAUCCAUCGUUUACGCAAGCAAGCGCGCUUGAACCAUCUGUGGAGCUAGACUCACAGCUACCUGAAACACGUAUUUCCUGCAAACUUAUGCCUUCUUUGCCCGAGAAAGUUUCCUUGACGACAUCAGCCUCCAGUCAUGCAGAACCGUCUCAUCUGGAGACUCAGCUUAUGGACCGAACAUUGAGCCAGUCUCCGCAGCCGGUAGAGGAACAUAAUAGUGAGCCUUCCAAACCGAGGAAUGAGACUAUCUCGACGGUGUGUUCAAGUCAAAAUGAUGAAGGCGUGCCAAUUUCGUCCCGCCCUGGUUCAUCGGAGUCGAUUCAGGCCCAGGACCAAAUGACAGACGCAGGCAAACCGACCCAUCCAGGGCUUCUCAAUUUACCGCGGCUAAAACUUGAUGGUCAAAGUUCAGCACGCUCGACCCAGGUUCGAAAAAGCAAGCCUCUUCGACGACAGAAUGCCAAUUCCAUGAGACCUGGACCUCAGAAUCUCACGGAAGACAAACUCUUCGAGCUUCUUAUUGGUAGAAUGAGACAGCGUGAGGAGAGCGAGGCUGCUGCUGCUUGUAUGCAGCGUGAGAUUGAGGCUCAAAAUGUUCAGUUGACAAAGCAGAAUCAAGAGCUACAACAAAAGGUACAAUUUUUCAACAAGCGCCUGCAUGAGAGCGAUGCUGAAUGCCAAGCAAAUCGUUCGCUGUUGGGCGAAUGGAAAGCAAAAAUCCGCAACUUCAAGCAAGUUGUCAAUGAAUUGGGGCAUGGGUACGACUCCCUUGGAGAUGAAGCGCAGAAGUUGAAAGACACUGUAAUUUCCCUUGAGAAAGAGAAGAGUGAUCUCACAGAAGUCGUCAACCAAAUCAAGAUGCGCAUUGCUCAAGCGGAAGGAACUAUUGAAGUGCAGCAGAACAACAGACAUGAGAGUGAAAAACAGAUCAUGAUGUUGGAACAGUAUUUGCAUGGCUCGAAAAAGAGAGAAGAAGUGGCGCAAAAGCAAUUGACCGACCAGAAAACCAGAAUAGCUACCUUGGAAUCUUACAUUCAAAAUUGUGCUUCUGUCCAAGCUAGGCAGCUUGGUCUGAUCAAAGAAGGCCAGCAAGGCUUACUUGAGAAGUUGACAGCUAGGAUCACCACUAUGACUGAUGACUCUGUCAAUGCAAAAGAUACUCUGCUCCUGGCAAUCAAAAGUGGAUUUGAGGAUUGGCAUUCAUCAAUGCAGUCCUUAGCCGAAAAGUCCUCGGCAGAACAGGCAAAUGUCGCGAGGUUUACCCAGAAGGCGCAGGAUAUCGUUUCUCAAAUUGAUACUUUGGCGACCCAAUUCACUCAAAACAUCGAGGGAAGCAUCAGAAUAAACAACGGCGUGUCAAAAACGCUCCAAAAAAGGUUUCAAGAGAUUCAACAUCACCUUGGCUCCGAGUCACCAAUGAUGAAGCGUCUUGAUCAUUGCGAUGCCGCAUACGAAGCUUUGAAGAACAAGCUUGAUGUUAUUCAGCCGGCACUCGGGACCCUGAGCAAUUCCGUUCACACUUUCACUAGUACUGAGAAUAUGCUCGUUCACGAUCUGGAAAGCUUGAGCAAGAAGCUUGAAGAGGUCCAAAUCCCAGCAGGCAAUCCAGCACUGGAAUUGGAGGUCGCCAAAAAGUUUACUGAAAAUACCGAGUUGCAAGUCAAGGUCCAUGAGAGAAAUUCAAAGAUUGAGACUCUCAAUGAAUGUUUGAGUUCGAACAAGACGCUGAUUGAAGAUCUACAACAAUCUUUGUCUGCAGCAGCCGAGAAACAGCAUGAAACCGAAAACCAAAACAAACGAUUGUCGACCGAAAAGACAAAAAUGCAACUUGAAAUGGAAUCAAGCGAGCAGAGAAUUCGCCAAGAACUUGACAAGCAGAGUCACGAGUCGCUGAAUCGGAUGAAAAUGGAACAUGAGGCACAUCUCCGGGUUCUUCAAAACGAAAAGAAUGAUGUCGAAAGAAGCGCUGGAGAGCUUGUCACCCAACUUCAGUCCAUUCAAAAAUCCUUGGUUGAAGCAAAGGAGCUCGUUAACAAACACAGCCAUGAGCGAGAAGUUUCACUACAGGGGAAAGAGAAACGAAUCGGAGAGCUCGAAAAGAGUUGUACAGAUGCACUCACUCAGCUAACGAUCCAGACUGAAGAGAUCCAAAAGUUCCAAGAGUUGGAUGCGACCUCUCGUGUUGAGAACAGUGAUCUUCGCGAUCGACUGGAGCACGCUCAACAAAAGAUCCAUGAUCUUGAACAAAAGCUGACAGAGACUGGGACAGAGACGGAGAAUGCAGCAGUAUCGCGCACUGCAGGAAUAGUACCGUUCGCCGCAAUCCAAAACCAGUUAUUGUCGCGGCCGAAUACACCACUAUAUGGCGAAUCGUGUGACUUCACGAUGCUCUUCAUGUCAGAUGAACUAGCUCCAUCAACGCCGCUUCACACAUUUACCAACCCAAAAGCGUCACUCAAGAGCGUUGAAAAUUUCGUCGACGAAACUAGCAACAAACCACGUGCCCUCAAAAACAAAGAUACGGCAGUUGCUGGCUCGGAGAAAUUGUCUCAGUCUUCCAAGGGCAAGAAACGCAAAGCCGUCAACUUUGAGACCGCGAAGACUGGACGCCAAGCAAAGAAGCCCACCAAGACACAGCCAAGUGGCAGUCAAGCUCAGGCGAGUGGUAACCUUGCUCAGCCAGCUAGCAGUAAAAUGGAGGAAAGUCAAGAAGGACGUCCAGCCAAGCUAUCCAAGCAAGUCCAAAAAUGGACUUACAGCCGCGUUCGUAGCUCUGCUACUCAAAUCCAACAGGAGGAAACUAGAGUUCCUUUUCAUGCGCUCGCAGCUGGGCGACGACCAAGCCCACAGGGCCUGAUAUCUGCGAAUACUUCGGAAGUCGUCACCCGUCCAAAGGCUCAGAGUCGGAGCCGACGCCGCACCCGAAGCGAAAAAUACGAUGCGCGUUUUAAGAAUGAGUGA